CGUUCACCUAUCAGAUUUAGCGCAACUUUUGCGUGGGCGGCAUUUAAUAAAAUGUUCCACCAGUGACACAAUUUUUAGUAGACCUAGCUGAACGUACGAUCUUGAGGUUGGUGUUUCUGAAACCUUGUAGUGGUACUGUUGAACUACUUAUGUUGACCGGUUUUGGCGACGCAAUGACAACAACCUACUCUUUUAUAUUUCUGCUUCUGUGUGGACUGGGGAUGGGAGGGGCUGCUGGACAGGCGACUGGGAUAAAUCACAAAAGAGUUUGCAUUGGAAAUGCUGGGAGCACAUUCUUGGACAGUGACUUUACCUACCAGUCACUGAAGGAACGGUUUGAAGGCUGCACCCAUGUAGAAGGCAAUCUGGAGAUGAAGUUUAUCCGCCAGUCACACUACAACAUGUCCUUCCUGAACGACAUCCAGGAGGUGACGGGCUACAUACUGAUCCUGCUGUACUACCCGGCGGUCCUCUCCUUCCCCAACCUGCGCGUCAUCCAAGGUUCCACACUGUACAACGGCAACCAGGCGCUGUAUGUGGCCACCAACUACCAUGCCCGGCUCCCCGAGAUGGGGCUGCGGGAGCUUCACUUACCUAAGCUACAUGAGAUCGUUCAAGGAGAGGUUACGUUUGUGGACAAUCGUGACCUCUGCUACAUCCAAACCAUUGAUUGGGGUGACAUGCGUGAAGGUCUGGUUCCUUGGUUCGACGAAUACGGCACAUCAUGCACCGAAGAGCAUGUUUGUGCUCCAAACUGUCCAGGUGGAUGUUGGGGAAGUGGGCCUGAUAUGUGCCAAGUGUUAACUCGUAAAAACUGCAGUGAGAUAUGUGACUACCGCUGCCGGGGACCGACGCAGGCAGACUGCUGUCACCGAAGCUGUGCUGCCGGCUGCACUGGACCAAGUAACAAAGAAUGCCUCGCAUGUCUCAAGUUCACCAUGGACGACCAGUGCAUUGAGGCAUGUCCGCCCCGUACCGUAUACCAACCGGAUACGUUCCAGAACAAACCCAACCCGGACUUCCGAUAUGCAUACGGCAAGACUUGUCUGACCAAAUGCCCUGAUAACGCAUUCGAGGAAGGCGACACCUGUGUCCAUUCGUGCUCCCCGGGAGCCACAACAAGCAAUGUACCAGGAGAAAACAAAUGUGUGAAAUGUGAUGGCCCAUGUCCAAAAGUGUGUGAUGGUACAGAGGAGAUCCUCUACAGGGAACACUUUGACAACGGAUUAUUGUCCAAUUGCACAGUCAUCAGACGCAACAUCUUCAUUGGCACAUCUUCAUUUGAUGGGGAUGUAUUUUUGGGGAAGCAAGGCAUUACCGUUGAGUUGCUUGAGCAACUGAGCACGGUGCAGGAGGUCGGGGGCCAUGUGACCAUUCAGGGGUCCCACGAACAAUUCACCAACCUCACCUUCCUGCGGAACCUCAAGAAGAUCUACGGUCAACAGUUGUAUAGAAACAGCGCCCUGUACAUCUUAUCGUCCUCUGUGCAGUCGCUCAAUCUCAUCAGUUUGCAAAGGAUCGAGUCGGGCGACGUGAAUAUCAAGUUAAAUCCGCAGUUGUGCUAUGCAGACGAGGCACUGUUUGAGAGGAUAGGUCACAGGGACAUGAGGGUGACCGUAUCUCAUAACAGGGACUUAAUUGACUGUGUUGCAGAAGGUCACGUCUGUGACCCGCAGUGCACCCCCUUGGGCUGUUGGGGGCCAGGUCCCAAGCAGUGCGCCCGAUGUCAAAAUGCACAGAUCGGUGACACCUGCGUAGCCAGUUGCGACUUUUUUUCACAGUAUGCAGCGUCGGAAGGCACAGACCACACCCCAACCAUCUGUGCUCAUUGUGACCCAGAAUGCAAGGGCGGGUGUGGAGGACCAGGCCCCCGAAACUGCACCGAGUGCCUGCACGUGAAAGACGGUCCCUUCUGUCGGAAAGAGUGCCCCAUCUCCAAGUACCCUGAUGAGGACGGGGUCUGCCAACCCUGCCACCGCAACUGCGUGAUGGAAAAAGGUUGCACUGGACCGGGUAACGCACUGGGACAAGGGGGCUGUGUUGCUUGUCAUCAGGCACUGAUCGAUCAAAAUGGCGUUACAGUGCUGGAGUGCAUGCCAAACGGUGCACCAUGUAGCAAUGAUUCCUUCUCCUUCCGCGUCGGGGAAUCCAACAUUUUGCGACUCCUUGGCUAUUCUGAUGGACAGCUCUGUCAGAUGUGCGACCACAACUGCCUGGGUUGCUAUGGGGCAGGCCCCUCCAGCUGCCGGAUAUGCAAGAAGUACAAACGGGAGCAGGAGUGCGCGGACGAGUGCUUCGCCCAUCAGUUCCCCAACCUGGACAACAUUUGUCAGAACUGCCACCGCGAGUGUCGCACCUGCUCCGGGGGGAGUUCCCCCUAUGACUGCAUCCGCUGUCGGCACUUUGAGGUGCUGGAAAGUGAGAAUACCUACUGUGCCAAGGAGUGUCCACCCGACUACCCCUAUGAUGACCGCAAGUCCCAUUGCGUGGCCAGCUGCCCAGAGAACCAGUAUGUGAACAAGGCGACCAAUGUCUGCAUGGCCUGCCACCAGCAGUGCCUGGGCGGCUGCUUCAAUGACCAGCGCAGCUCCUGCUUCCAGUGUCGCAACGUCAGGCAUGGCCCAGACUGCCUGGAGAAGUGCCCCCCUGGCUACAUGAACAACAGUGGCAUAUGCAUUGUAGACCCCUCUGGCGUGGUUCCCCAUAUGCCAUAGAUCCUUGAGAAUCCAUCAGGAAGUUUUUGAGGUUUUGCAAGAAUGAAGGAAAUUUUGUGGUGAAGCAGUUACUAGCAACUAGAUCUUAAAGAUGCUUGUCCAACAAUUGUGCCUUGCUACGUUACACAGGUUGUGAAAAGCUCCAUUUACCCUAAUUCUAAAGGCAUGCCGCAAAUCACAUAGAAUGGUCAGUGCUAUGAAGAAUCUAACUACAUGCUUGCAGUAGAAUCGUAUAUCUGUAUUAGCUGAAACGUUAUCAAUUGUAAAGAUGGAGAUUUAGCCAGACAUUUACAUCAAAGAGAUAUGAGAUUUUAUUCAUGAAAUUUUGUGAAACCAAAUUGCUGGUUUGCUCUUCAAUACGUAUUGAGCAUUUGGCGUUAGGGGCCAAAAUGGAAUUUUUUCACCCUACAGUUCAGUCAUUUUUCAAAAGUGUCAAACCUUUGUACCUCGCAAGACUUUUAGAAGAAUUUUAAACUAAAGUUCAUUGAAAUGUAAACUUUUUACUAUGAUUAUUCAGAAUUUGAUAGAAGGGAAAGUGAAUUAAUUUCACUGUAAAAGCACUUUUGGCCUACACAAGAUACCAGGUGAAUUGCUUAAUUAACUGUUGGGCAUAGAGAUCAUAACACUUGAACCAUAAGUGAUAGUACAAAUGACAUUUUCUUCAACCGUUGGGUAAAAUGAGACAAGUUUGCCCAUGUUGUAGGAAAUUACACAGUUGGGUAGUUUGUUUGCCCAACAAUCAGGCGAUUCACCAGGUACCCGGCAUUGGGCCCAAAAACAUGCCCAUCAUUUUGACAGUGUUUGUUUUCUGUGAACUCAGUAAGCAGUGCUGUCUCAUCAGCUUAAAAAUCUGAUCAUUAGUGUGGCAUAGGCCCUUUGUCUAAGAAAAGUAUUUACUUGUCAUUCCUCUAUGUCAUUGAUUCGUAAAUUUGUUAUAAUAAUGGUCAUUUGUUUACUUGAUUUUUGAAUUUUUAUUUUCAAAUCGAAAAACAAAUGACGGACACAAACAGACCGUCCGGCCUUGCAAACCCCAAAAGCGAAAAGAUAGCAGGAGGGGGAGCCUUUUACAUGUUGGCAAUGAAGGUAUAUCUUGCUCACAACCGCAAGCUUGCAUGCCCCUUAACCUUGCAUCAAACGGAAAGUUUUGUUCUCCAUCUGGGCCGACGGAAGGCUUAAAAUAAUCUCAACAUAAUGCAUCUCGAUUGUGUGUCUUAACACAAAGAUGGGGAUGGUCCAAUGGCAGGAUGGCUGGGUGACCACUGCUACCAUGAUUGUGCAUCGAUGCCGGGGCUACCCAAGUGGGUGUUCAUCGUCUGUGCUCAUGAAUGACAUGAGAAGAGAGAUAACUGGAACACGUUGUGAUAAUCAUGUACAUGUUUAUCAGUUAAUGUUCUUGUAUGAAGCAUGCCAAGGAGUUUUAUUGUAUCACUGUAAAUUUAUCAGUGUUGAACGACAUUCAAAACACAGAAUUUUCAUGAUUUGAGACGAUCAGUUUGGAAAGCAAUCAUGCUAUCGAAAGGAAAGGUACAUUGUUUUUUCAAACUUUCGCAUGUAAUCUGAAAUGAUCAAGCUCACAGGGCACUAAUGAAGUAAGCGCUCUGAAAUAUGUUUAAAGUUAUAACUUCAGCUGCAAUUGGUCCAUGUACGAGUGUCAUAAUGUCUCAGUUCAAAAGCCUCUUCACAGGACUUGGGAGCUUUGAUCUUUUAUGCCAGGCCGCGAAAGCAUGGAGCGUUGCUUCUUUGGGUUAAUCAUCCUUGUACGGCAUGUGUUUUGAAUUUCAAAGUGAUAUAUUCUCAUUUUCGUGUGAAAGCUCUUGGCAGAGUGUGCAUUGUGCAUUUCAAACCGACAAAUUUGCAGAUAAUUCUCAAUUUGUAAGAUCCCAUCAAUGUACAAAACAACUCGGAACAAACGAAAGGUGAGUGAUCUUUUAUUGGUGCGAAUCCAAGAAGGAAAAGAGGACUGCUGUAAGGACAAUCCACAAACAUGCUCAGAUGAUUCUAAGUCCUGCUAAAUAAAUGCUAUAAUUAGUUAUCUCUGCUAUAUGAUGCUGCAGCUGAGUAGUAUUUUUGUUUUCAGCGAAUCAAUACAGUUUGCGACAUUUAUUCAGUGUUGUGUGCAACUUUGUAAGUCAUAUCUUAAUUCAAUAAACUCGCCUGCAAAAAUUGA